AAUUGGCUUCUAUUGUGAUUACAAUUACAAAUUAUCAGGAAAUCAAGGUUGAGGAUAUAAAUAAAGGAGUUGCCCGCAUUGGUUAAUGUCUUGAAAUCAAAGUUGAUGACACUUUUCGGGUAAAAAAUGGAAAUAUUGAGUUCAAGUUGAAAUCAAAAAGCGAUAUCAUUUUUGAAUUGUAAUCUCGUAUAAAUUAAUUUCGUUAUACAUUAUCAAGGGCAACAAUUUGUAUCCAAUACUAUACUCGAUUUAAAUUUGGGAAAUUUCAUUGAUUCUCAUACAUAAUUUACUGCUGAUCAAGAUAUUCAACUGACUUUUAAAUGUUAACGCUAUAAUUUUGUUUAAUAAACACCUUUUAGUAAGUCAAGUUUAGCCCACCAACAAUUAGGACUUACAUAAAGAUAUUGAUUUUUUCAUGCCGAUUGUAACAUUUAACAGCAAAGUAGAUUAAAUUCCGAAUCAAAAUCUAGUUCAGUUUUUCCUGUUGUUCCCUUUAAAUUGUGCUUUGAUUUGCAACAAAAGCCAACAAUCGGUCUAAUUGUAUGAAGGAUAUUCCGUUGAUUUAGAUGGAUCAAUAUAUUAUUAUUGUCAUUAUUAUUAAUCAGAUAGACUUGCCAACAGCAAAGGUGACAGUUAACAUUGUAAGCAGGUGAUGGCAAUUAACGGUGAAAAACGUUAGACAAUAAUAAGUCUAGAUGGCUAAUGUCUUGAAACGAGAAACCAAGAGUCGUAAUGACGGUGCAACUUUGAUCGAGGGAAAGUGAGAAUUACCAAAUUAGACAGAAUAAUCAGAAAGGUAAACUAAUUUCCAUUUCUAUUACACCUAGGCUUAGCUUAAAUAUUCAUCAGUAGUCAUCAUCAUCGUCAUUAACAUAUGGGAGUUGGUUAGUUGCGUUAGACGCUCACCAAUUAUGAGCCAAUAUAAAUAUAAGGCAAGAGAUAAUCAUUCGAAGUAGUUAACAAAUUAAUCUAACUGGAAAGAAGAGAGUAAAUUGUAAAGAGAUGUUGCCAUCUUUAAUCAUCUGUUUGGCUCUUUUUGGAGCAAUCAACUGUCAAAAUUGUCCAUCAAGUGAAGGUUAUUUCCAAGAUCCAUCCAAUUGUGCCAAAUUUUUCUUCUGUUCUGGUGGUAAAAUAGUCCAUCGAUAUGAAUGUGGAGGUACUUCUGUAUUUAAUCCUGAUUUAAAGAUUUGCGAUUGGAAAGAGAAUGUUCGAUGUAACUCUGAAUCUUCCUCGUCUUCAACAAGUAUCCCACAUGUAGGUGAAAACGAGAUUCCCGAUAAUUCGAUUGAAACUUCUAGUUCAAAUCCCUCAACUCCCUCGCCAUCAACAACCUCAACCUCAACUUCAACAACAACUUUACCAUCAAAUGUAAUUGAUGUUGAAACUGAAAAUCCAAAUGAAUGGCAUCCACCAGUUGGACCAACAACAACCGCCGAACCUGAUCCAGCAGAUGGUUUCAAUGAUGAUUACAAGAUUGUCUGCUAUUUCACCAACUGGGCCUGGUAUCGACCUCAAGGUGCCAAAUACAUUCCAGAAGACACAAAUGCCAAAUAUUGUACUCAUAUCAAUUAUGGAUUUGCUGUUCUCGAUUAUAGCUCAUUGACCAUUAAAAUUCACGAUUCAUGGGCCGAUGUUGACAAUAGAUUUAUGAAACGAGUUGUCGCCUUGAAACGAAACAAUCCACGAUUAAAGGUGUUACUUUCUCUUGGUGGAUGGAAUGACUCUGCUGGCGAUAAAUAUUCCAGAUUGGUCAAUAAUCCUUCAGCUCGACGACGUUUUAUUGAAAACGCAAUGCAAUUCUUGGUGAAAUAUGGUUUUGAUGGUUUGGAUCUUGACUGGGAAUAUCCAAAGUGCUGGCAAACGGCAUGUAAAGAUGGACCUGAAUCAGAUAAAGCAAACUUUGCUGUAUUCGUUAGAGAGUUAAGACAAGCAUUUGAGCCUAAAGGAUGGCUACUUACCGCCGCAGUCUCUCCCUCCAAGCAAGUUAUCGAUGCUGGUUAUGAUGUUCCCUCAUUGGCUAAAGACUUUGAUUUCAUCAAUGUUAUGGCCUAUGAUAUGCACGGUCAAUGGGAUAAAUUUGCUGCCCAUCAUGCACCAUUGUAUUCACGGGAAGCCUCCAAAUCAUUUGAUCCUAAUGAUGGCAUUUUCAACGUUAAUUACACAGUUAAUUACUGGAUUGACCAAGGAAUGCCAAAGAAAAAGGUUGUUCUCGGUGUUCCUUUCUAUGGUCGAUCGUUUGCUCUUGAAGGACAAGCUGAAUCACAUCCACUUAAAGGUUAUGGAGCAGCUGCUUUACAAGGUGGGGAACCAGGUACUUAUACUCGUGAAAAAGGUUACUUAGCCUUUUACGAGAUUUGUGAAUACCAAAAGAACCAAGGUUGGACAAAGGCACGCGAUCCAAGCACUGGUUUACCUUUUGCUUACAAAGGCAAUCAAUGGGUUGGUUAUGAUGACACAGAACAGAUGAGAAAGAAGACUGAUUUCAUUAAAUCACUUGAUAUUGGUGGAGCCAUGGUUUGGGCACUUGAUUUGGAUGAUUUCAUGGGUCGAUGUUGCUCCACAAAAUGGCCUCUAUUGAAGACAUUGAAUGCUGGCUUGAGAGGAGUCAAAGCUUUCGAAGGAAUUGAUUGUUGAAAAUAAGAAUAUUUUAAAUGAGUUUCAUGGAGAAACAGAUUUAACGUUUCUGGUUGGCAAUAUAUUUUUGAAAUUAACGCACAAAUUAUUUACCUAUGAAAUUAUUAACCAAAACCAACUUAAAUUGAGCACUUUUUGUUACGAUGAAAAAUAGAAAUUUAUAAAAAAAAACAAUGAUACGUAAAAGAUUCAUUAAAUUGUUCUUGAGAAUA